UCCUGUGACAGAGAGGAUUCUCAUUGGCUGCGUCUUUUGUGACGUCUUGCAUACUCAGCUUUCGCAAACUGUCCAAUCAUCAGGUACCCAUGUCAUAGUAGAGAGCAGCGGUAGUUCCAGAUGGGCUUGGCUGACAGGAAGAGAAAGGUGGUGAGUCACUCAGGCUUUGCUUUCCAUGGCUUUAUUUUCACAGCAGGACCUGACAAAGAGGACAUCCUGACCCCUCAGAAGCUGGAAAUGGACUCCUUCCAGCCUCCUAAUGAAGGUAUUAUACUCAUCCAUCCUCAUCCAAGAUCUUGACCAAGAUAUCCUAAACUAUCUAAUAACAUCAGAAAACCAUGAACCACAAGACAGCACUGUAAUCGCUACUGGAGUUUCUGCACAGAGAUAAGAAUAUGUUCACAGAAGACACAAUUUCUAUUUGGAAAACUUCAAAGAAUGAACUAGAAAGCUCUUGGAAUAAUAAAUGAUUAUGGACAUGCUGUAGAAUUCAAGUUUAUUAAAUAAACAAGUAAAAGAAAACAUAAUUUGAUACUUUUUCUUUAAAAUUAUUUUAUUUUUUAAAAUUUUUAUUUAAGGUAUGUAAAUUUUCUUUAUUUGUGAGCAUCUAGAGGGGUGAACCAGUGGUGGAAGAUAACUCUCUCUCUCUCUCUCUCUCUCUCUCUCUCUCUCUCUCUCUCACACACACACACAGACACAAACACACACACUUUAUGUGUGUAUGUUUGUGCAUUUAAAAAUAGCAUUUGAGUUUGUGCAGGUGGCUUCUGUCUGUCAUUACAGUUCUUUUGUUUUAUGUGAAUGUCUAACCUAAGCCCAGAAAUUUUAUCAAUCUUUUGAUUUCUGGUUCAUUUAAUUGUGGUAUUAUCCUCACUGUGAUCCAGGAUUACCUUUGUGCAUUGGAGUAUAAGUUGAAAGCCAGAAUAAAGCAAAUGAAUGUCGUCCACACUUUCUGUAUCCUGAGACUGUUCAUGGGCUUCACCUUCAGACCAAGUAUCCACAGGUUGUCACUUCUUAGAGUGAUAACUGAGCUGUACAUCCAGAUUUUAAGUAGUUACCUUGUUCAACAAAGGACCCAAUUAUUCUUUACACUCUGACAGAAUUAUAGGUGACCAUGCUCAAACUUUCUUCUAUUCCAUUUCUCACACAUCAGUAGAAUUUUAUUAUAAAUUCAGUGAUCAUGAAAUGAUGAGACUGUCAGAUUACUCACAGAAAAACUUAUGAUGUUAAAUUAAGUUUAAAAUGUAAAUAUACAAUAAAUAUUAUUUUUGUAUUCUUACAUAUGGUAUAGACCACCUAAUCUGGGGAAUUUAGACAACUCUUCAAAAUAAAUUAUGUAAGUGAUUGUACUUCAUCUGUUAAUGACCUUCCACAUCAACCACGAUUUUCCCUCAUUCUGGCUGCAUGUUACCCAAGAGCCUCAUUUUAAAAAGACAGCAACUGAAGAUCUGUGAGAUCAAAUCUGUUUCAGGGAAUGGUGGGCAAUUACAGAAUGAAGGAUACAAGUUAGAGAGAAACAUCCAAAUAUUGCUAUGCAGUAAGAAUAAAAUAUUUAAACACUUAUCUACUUGUUUAUGUAAUUAUUGUGUCUCUUACUGAAUUGCUAAUAGUAGUAGGAGUAGAUCAAUGUAAUUAUAUACAUAUACAGCUAUAAGAAUUGCAUAGAUAUUACUCCAUGCUAACAUUAAUUAAUGGAAUAGAAUUGAUUAUGAUCCUUCAAACAUGGAAAUAGUCCUUUAGUCAAUAUGAUCCUGGGGCUUUUCCUGGAUCUAUAUUGUCCAGAGGGUGCAGAUGUAUGUUUAUGGAACAAUAAGUUCUUCAGCUCUGAUACAUAAAUAUGUUUGGUAUAUUAGCCUUUGAAGAAAUUUCAACAAGUGCUUAAUCACCUGGAAAAUGUGUCCUUUGACAUAUUACUCAUGCAGGUGAUAUGGUUGUAGAGGAAUUUUCUACUUCAGCCAUUCUUUGCUGAAUACAAAUUUUGUUUGCUCUGUGUGUGUGUGUGUGUGUGUGUGUGUUUAAACAGAAUGCUUCAAAAAGUUUACAGGAAAACAAAUUAAAAACACAUUUAUUUUGUUGCAAAAGUUUUUGAAAUCUACAAAUAGAGGGAUAUUCAAAGGGUUCAGAAAAUGGAUGUUGUGACAAAACUUCAUUUAUUGUAGAGGGUAGUUUAGAAUUUUACUACCAAGAAUUUAUAUAAAAUAAACUGGAUUUGUUAGAAGUAAGUGGGCAAAAUAAAAAUGAUUUUUGAUUAUUUUCAUGACAGAAAAACUACUGAUGAUAGGUCACCUUUUUGUUUGAUUUUCAGGUAUCUAACAUGUUUCUUCUACGCUGUUAAGAUCAAUGAAAUUUCCAAUUAUGUUAUUAAGAAAUAUGGUUUUUUUCCAAGCUGGAAUUGGAAUCUUAGCCAAUGCCUUCCUUCUUUUCUUCCACAUCUUCACAAUCUACCACACUCAUAGGCCUAAGCCUACUGAUGUGACCAUCUGUCACCUGACUUUUGUCCGCAUAGUGUUGCUACUCUCUACACUGGAUAUUUUAUCUGCAGACAUGUUCAAGUCACUGAAUUUUCCAAAUAAUUUAAAAUGUAAGGCUUUGUUCUAUAUGAUCAGGUUGAUGAGGGGUCUCUCCAUCUGUACCACCUGCCUCCUUAGGAUCAUUCAGGUCAUUUCCAUCAGCCCCAGCACCUCCUGCAUGAUAAGAUUUAAGCAAAAACUCACAAAUUACACUAUCCAUGCUUUCUUCUGUUUUUGGUCCUUGAACUUGUCCUCCAAGAGUAGCAUGAUAAUGUACACUGUAGCUCAUUCAAACAUUACCCAUCUACUCCAUGUCAGUAAGUACUGUUCACUUUCCUCAAUAAACUCUAUCAUCAGGGAAAUAUUUUUUAUUCUCACAUUGUCACAGGAUAUCUUUUUUGUAGGAAUCAUGCUUCUCUGCAGUGCAUACAUGGCGAUUUUACUAGCUAAUAAUCAUCAGAGAAGAUCUGAGUACCUUCACAGCAUGAGCAUUUUACCAAGAAUCUCUCUAGCAAAAAGGGCCACCCAUACUGUCCUGCUGUUGGUGAGUUUCUUUGUGAUUGUGUACUGUGUGGAUAUUAUAAUGUCAUCCUUCUCAACCAUAUUGUGGAAAUAUGAUACAAUUGUCCUGGGUGUCCAGAGACUUGUGGGAAAUGUCUAUACCACUGUCAGUCCUUUUGUGCUUAUUAGGGCUGAUAAAAGAAUAAUUGGUAUUCUACAAAACAUGAUUGUUAUGACAUCCAUUUUAUCAAGUCAAUGAAACAAAUCUGAAAACAAA